GGAAAGUCAAAACGACUAUCGUAUGCGCAAAAGAAACUAAAGUUCAAUGUUGGAGAGGAGCGGAAGAUAGAUUAACACAGGGCCUCUCUUCUUGAGUUUCGCAAGCAAAAUCCAUGGCUUCCUCUGCAUCUGUGCUCUGCACAACCGCCAUUGUCAUCGUCCUCUUGGCGCCUCAACUGCUGCUUGCUGUAAAAUUACCAUUUCAUCCCCGGGACGUGCUUCCUCUCUUACCCAGACACAUUUCAUGGCCAGUCCUCAACUCCCUUCACGGCGCUGUCGACCUUCUUCCCAGUUUCGUUGGCUCUGCGUCGUCUCCAGACGAUGCUCUGGAGUGGAAAGGAGCUUGCUUUUACGAGAAUACUGCUUGGAUGGAGUUCCACAACAAGACCGGAAGUGAAUUUGGUGGUGGCACACUUCAUAUCAAGGUUAGCAAAGCUCAUAGUUGGACAUGUAUGGAUAUAUACCUCUUUGCAACUCCAUACCGGGUAACAUGGGAUUACUACUUCCUGUCUCGGGAGCAUACGCUUGAGUUUGAAGAAUGGGAAGGGAAAGCUGAGUAUGAGUAUGUGAAACAAAAGGGUGUUUCCAUUUUUCUGAUGCAAGCAGGGAUGCUGGGAACUCUUCAAGCAUUAUGGGAUGUCUUCCCGUUAUUCACAAAUACUGGAUGGGGUGAGAAUUCGAACAUUGGGUUUCUCAAGAAACACAUGGGAGCUUCAUUUGAUCAACGUCCUCAGCCAUGGGUAACAAACAUCAGUGUUGAUGAUAUUCACUCUGGAGACUUCCUUGCAAUAUCAAAGAUACGUGGGCGAUGGGGUGGGUUUGAGACUCUUGAGAAGUGGGUUACUGGAGCUUAUGCUGGUCAUACUGCUAUUUGCUUAAAAGAUUCUGAAGGCAAUUUAUGGGUUGGUGAAUCAGGACAUGAGAAUGAGGAGGGAGAAGAUAUCAUUGCUGUUUUACCUUGGGAUGAGUGGUGGGAAUUUGAGUUGAAUAACGAUGACUCCAAUCCUCAUAUUGCAUUGCUUCCUUUGCAUCCCGAUAUGCGAGCAAAGUUUAAUGAGACUGCUGCCUGGGAAUAUGCAAAGAGCAUGGCAGGCAAACCAUAUGGAUAUCAUAACAUGAUAUUUAGCUGGAUAGAUACCAUAGACAAGAACUUUCCGCCUCCCUUGGAUGCUCAUCUGGUCGCAUCUGUUAUGACAAUUUGGAAUCAUGUUCAACCUGAUUAUGCUGCUAAUAUGUGGAAUGAAGCCUUGAACAAACGUCUUGGGACUCAGGGCCUUGAUCUUCCUAAUAUUCUAGUAGAAAUUGAAAAGCGUGGGUCAUCUUUUGAUGAACUGCUGACAAUUCCAGAGAAAGAUGAUUGGAUAUACAGUGAUGGGAAGUCAACAUCUUGCGUUGCUUUUGUUCUUGAAAUGUACAAGGAGGCAGGACUAUUUGAUUCAGUAGCUAAAUCAAUCCAAGUCACUGAGUUUACGAUAAAAGAUGCAUACAUGCUAAAAUUCUUUGAGAGUAAUUCAAGCCGCCUGCCAAAGUGGUGCAAUGAAGGGGACAAAGUAGAGCUUCCAUUUUGUCAGAUUCGAGGGAAAUAUCGAAUGGAAUUACCUGGAUACAAUACAAUGGAACCAUACCCUAAUAUGAAUGAAAGGUGCCCAUCUCUGCCUCCUGACUACUUCAGACCACAGAAUUGCUAGAAGUCUUCAUUCUUUUUUCUUUUUGUUACCCUCUUGAUGUCAUACUGGUUUUCUUCUGAUGUAAGUUCACAUAGUAUUGUUUGAAACAAAGUAUGGAAGAUGCCACAAUGAAAAAUUCAUCGGUGUCGAUUGUAAAUAUGUUUCUUGGUACAAAUGGAGGACUUAAAAUUAUUGUACAAUGUUCAUGAUAGAAAUUGUGAUGUAUUUUAUUUCCUUAAUUUAUACAAUGCUUCCAAACUUUUUAAGCU